UGGGCGUGGGGAAGCUGGGGCAGGAAGCACAACCAUGAAAUCUUUGGAUAAGCUUCUUGCAGCCAGAGGGUGUAAACGUUCUCACUGUCCAGCCUUUCCUGAAGUGUUACCAUUUUUAGGAAGUCCAAGUCCUCAGUGGGUGUUUGUCUCACUGAGCUGUGCCUUAUUUCAGUUGAAUAAUGCAAGAGAGAAAGGAUCUGGUGGUGGAUUUUUUUAAAGGGGAAGUAAGGCAGGAUUUUCAUAUACAUUUUUCUCUCAUUAAGAGGAAGAUAGUAAAGUUCAUGUGACCUUGUUUUUGACGUGCACAGUUUUUCUGCUCUUGGUGCUUCAGGAUGAAGAUCAUUUUAGUGAUUUUUAGUCCAACCCCCUCCCCCACCAUGGCCUCAGUUACCAAACAUGGUAGAAGCGAGGUGAAAACUAGAAAAAUUCAAGACAGGAAACUGCUGAGGGCUGGGAUCUGAGUCAAGGAGAAAGCUUAUCGAGACCCGGUGAGAACACGGAGCCUCUGUAACCUGCUGUUGCCCUGAGCUGUGCUCAUGCAGAGUCGGGGGAGAAACUGUGAGAGCCAGCAGUUGCUACAGCUUUUUUCUGUUCCCCUAAUUUUCCCAGAUUUCCCAGUCAAUACCUUGUGGACAGUUGGUAGCUCAGCAUCUUUACGUCUCUCUGUCAGUUUCCUUAGUGUCUCAUACUUCCCAACGUCUGUAGUCUCUUUUUUCUUCUUUGUAUCAUCAGCCCCCCUGUCCAGAAGUAAGUUCUGUGGUAACAGAUGGGGAUUAUUUUUUUCUAUCUUGCAGUCCAAGAGCUCGGAAAAGAGGCAGCGAGUGCUCUUCAGAGAAACUGUAGAUUUUCUGGGCUUCAGGAUGAGGGCAGCAGACUUAUAGUCCUUGGGCAUGUCCCACAAUGAAUUUUGGGAUACACGCCGUGAACUUCAAAAAUAUCUGAGCUGGAAUUCUCAUAACGAAACUGAUCCUGUAUGUGGGACAGCUGUGCCGGUUCCGCAGAUCCUAGCGUUUCCUGCACAGACACCGAAAUGGCACCUGAGCUCGUCUUGCCUGAGUCCCAGAUCUCAUUGACAUUUGAAGAAGUGGCUCUGUAUUUUUCCCAGGAAGAAUGGGAGUUCCUGAAUCCCAUGCAGAAGGCCCUCUACAAUGAUGUAAUGCGAGAAAACUAUGAGACUGUCAUCUCUCUAGCUGUGCCUCUUCACCAGAUUCUAGCCUUUUCUGAGAAGGCAAAUGCCAAAGACUGGACAGUGACGCCUGACCUCGUCUUGUCUGAGUCCCAGAACUUGUUGACAUUUGAAGAAGUGGCCAUGUAUUUUUCCCAGGAAGAAUGGGAGUUACUGGAUCCCACUCAGGAGGCCCUCUACAAUGAUGUAAUGCGGGAAAACUAUGAGACUAUCAUCUCUCUAGCUUUAUUUGUGCUCCCCAAACCUAAAGUGAUCUCUUAUCUAGAGCAAGGGGAAGAGCCGUGGGUUCAAGGGUCCACAGAGUUCAAGGACAGUCCUGGAGAGCUGCCUACAGGAAUAAAGCACAAAAGUGGCACUGAAAACCACCAGCCUAUAUGUCUUUCUGAUUUAGAAUUACAAUCACCAAGAGACAUAGUAUCAAAAAAGGCCCAAGCAAAAGUUCCCCCGAAAACAACAGGCAAAGAAAACCAUGGUGAUACACACAGGAUGGGAAAGUGGCACCAAGAGUUUCCAGUGAAUCAAACAAAGGAACUUUCAAUCUGGGAAGAAGAGCUUCAGAGACUGAUGGACCUUCACAAGAAAGCCCGUGCAGUAGAGAAGCCUUUUACAUGCCAGGAGUGUCGGAAAAACUUCAGACUGACUUCUGAUCUUACUAAACACAAAAAAAUUCACACUGAAGUGAAGCCGUAUAAAUGUCAGCAUUGUGGUAAGAGCUUUAGAGGGAAAUCAGAUCUUAAUAAGCACAUAACAAUACACCAAGGAAUAAAACCAUAUAAAUGUUCCUGGUGUGGGAAAAGCUUCAGUCAAAAUUCAAAUCUCCGUACACACCAAAGAACUCACACUGGAGAGAAACCCUUUAUGUGUUAUGUAUGUGGAAAGAAAUUCAGUCAGAAUUCCCACCUUACUAAACACCGGAGAACGCACAUGUAGCAUCAGCUUGAGAAACUAGGAGGCAGUCAAGCCUUAUUACAUACCGAACAUGCCACUACUGAAUAGAAACUAUACAGAGUCCUUAGUCUGAAGAGAUUCACCAAGUAGAGCUUAAUUCUGAUGUUAAUGUAAAAAUACGAGAUUAUGAAGCUUGAGUAAUUCUAUAUCGAUGGAAAAUUUGGUGAUAUAAACAUGUUUCUGAGAAAGGAAUCAAGGUUGACUCUGCAGGGGAUGCAUUAAUUUUGUACUACUUGGAUUUUUACAUAUAAAUCUUCAGGGAAUUCCUUGCAAGAAAGGCAUUCGAAGAACUUUCUGAAUAAGGAAUGUACUAUUUUGUGAUUGUAUUUGGCAGCAAAUUCACAUUCAAAUAGAAAAAUACAUCCAUGAAUUAAUCA